AUGGGACAUCCAAUUGUCUAUGGUGUUGUUGGAAUGCAUCCAUUAUAUGCACAUCAUCUUGAUUUAACAAUGGAGUUGAAUAUACGACGUUGCAUAUCACAUCCGAAGGUGAAAGGUGUAGGAGAAAUUGGUCUUGACUAUUCAAGUACACUAAGACCAUCUGAUGAUUCUCAAAUAUAUGCUUUUGUUCAACAACUAUCUAUAGCUCGUGAAAAAAAUCUUCCUGUGGUUGUUCAUUCACGAAACAGUUUUAUUCAAACAAUGGAAAUAUUAUGUCAAGAAUUGCCAAAUGAUCAUAAAUUAUGCUGGCGUCAGUUUGAUUAUGGAAGUGAAGAAAUGGAUAUAUUAAAAUCAAAAUUCAAUUGUGUAUUUUUUGGGUGCAGUCCAAGUAUUUUUGUGAAUGAAAAUAUGAAAAAAACGAUUCAACGUGCAGAUAUCAAUUCAUUACUUAUUGAAAGUGUUGCACCACAUCUUACAAUUGAUGAGGCAAGAUCUUUUGAAAUUUACUUAAAUAUGAAGCAUAAUUUUAUUUCUUUAGUGUCCUCAUGUUUGGGAAACACAUCCGAUUUUUGUCGUAAAAGUUUAUCAAUGUGUUGCUGA